AUGUUAAACGCUGCAAAAAAUGCGAAAUGUGUUAAUGGUGCUGUUAGAAAUUAUAUGAAGUUGGUAAAUCAAUUGAAAAUCACGGUAUUCUAAAUAUUGACUUUCAGAAAACCUUUGUCCAGCAACCACACAUUCGAUGUUAUUGAUCACACUUUUGAUGCAGUUGUUGUAGGAGCUGGUGGAGCUGGUCUUCGAGCAGCAAUGGGUUUAUCAGAAGGUGGUAUGAAGACAGCUGUCAUCACCAAGCUUUUUCCAACAAGAUCCCACACUGUUGCUGCGCAAGGAGGUGUAAAUGCUGCUCUUGGAAAUAUGAAUCCAGAUAACUGGCGAUGGCAUUUUUACGACACAGUCAAAGGAUCAGAUUGGUUAGGAGAUCAAGAUGCGAUUCAUUACAUGACAAGAGAAGCUGAAAGAGCAAUUAUUGAAUUGGAAAACUAUGGAAUGCCAUUUUCACGAACAACUGAAGGAAAGAUCUAUCAAAGAGCUUUUGGUGGACAAUCGAAUGAUUUUGGAAGAGGAGGACAAGCACAUAGAACUUGUUGUGUUGCUGAUCGUACUGGACAUUCAUUGCUUCACACACUUUAUGGAGCAUCUCUCCAAUAUGAUUGUAAUUAUUUCAUCGAAUAUUUCGCAUUGGAUCUCAUUAUGGAUAAGGUACUCAAAAUUUUAUUUUUAAACUACUUAAAAACAUGUUUUGUUUUCAGGGUGUUUGCAUUGGUGUGAUUGCCAUGGACAUUGAAACUGGUCAAAUUCACCGAUUCCGCGCCAAAAACACUGUUCUAGCUACUGGUGGUUAUGGUAGAGCAUAUUUCUCAUGUACAUCUGCUCACACUUGCACUGGUGACGGUACCGCUUUGACCGCUCGUGCAGGUAUCAAAAACUCUGAUAUGGAAUUUGUCCAAUUCCAUCCAACUGGUAUUUACGGUGUUGGUUGUUUGAUCACUGAAGGUUCGAGAGGAGAAGGUGGAUUUUUGGUGAAUUCGCAAGGUGAACGUUUUAUGGAAAGAUAUGCGCCGGUGGCAAAAGAUUUGGCAUCUAGAGAUGUUGUUUCGCGAGCAAUGACAAUGGAGAUUUUGGAAGGACGAGGAGUUGGAGAAAAUAAAGAUCAUAUUUUCUUACAAUUGCAUCAUUUACCAGCAGAACAAUUGCAACAAAGAUUGCCUGGAAUCUCAGAAACUGCUCAAAUUUUCGCUGGUGUUGAUGUCACAAAAGAACCAAUUCCAGUUAUUCCAACAGUGCAUUAUAAUAUGGGAGGUGUUCCAACCAAUUAUAAAGGACAAGUUUUGAAGUUCACUCCAGAAAAAGGUGAUGAAGUUGUUCCUGGAUUGUAUGCGGCUGGAGAAUGUGGUGCACAUUCAGUUCAUGGAGCUAAUCGUCUUGGAGCCAACUCCUUGUUGGAUCUUGUCAUUUUUGGAAGAUCGUGUGCUUUGAAGUGAGAUUUUUUUGAAAAAUAAUUAAUCUAGUUUUUUUCUAGCAUUUUGAAAGAAAACAAAGCUGGAGACAAUAUUCCUGAACUUCCAAAGAAAUGUGAAGAGAAAUCAAUCGAUAACAUCGAUGGAUUGUUCAACUCUAAAGGAGAUAUUUCAUCAAGAGAACUUCGAUCACAAAUGCAGAUGACAAUGCAAAAACAUGCUGCUGUUUUUAGAAGAGGAGAUAUUUUGAAAGAAGGAGUUGAGAAAAUGUCCAAAUUGUUCAAAGAUCAACAUCAUUUGAGUGCAAUUGGAGAUCAAGGAAAAGUUUGGAAUUCGGAAUUGGUUGAAACGUUAGAAUUGCAAAAUUUAUUGAUCAAUGCCAAUCAAACUAUUGUUGCUGCUGAGAAUCGAACUGUAAGUUUCAGUUUUUUUUGGAAUGAAAAUUAAAUUCUUAUUUCAGGAAUCCCGCGGUGCACAUGCUCGUGACGACUUCCCAGAUCGAAUUGAUGAACUUGAUUAUAGUAAACCAUUAGAAGGACAAAAGAAAAAGGAGUUCAAAGAUCAUUGGCGCAAACAUUCAAUUAUUGGAAUCGAUCUUGAAACUGGAAAAGUUGAUUUGACAUAUCGCCCAGUUAUCGACAAAACUCUUGACAAAAAUGAAACUGAUUGGGUUCCACCAAAAGUUCGAUCAUAUUAA